AUGCAAUCCUGCAUACUCAAACGUCUUAUCAUCCAGUCAGUUUCAAAAAUGAAGAAGUAUAGCAGUGGAAACGGCUUACUAAUUGUCAGCACUGUGCCGAUUGAAGCAGUACUACAAAGAUCGGAGCAUUACGGAAUGGCCCUGAAGGAAGAGUGCAAAUUUUCAAGCUUGAAUCGACGGAUAGAAAAAUGA